CCGCUAAGAAGAGGAGCAACAUCGCCAUGGUGCUGGUGGUUUUGAACUUCAGUGAACAGAAACUAGUGCAGAAAGUUGGCAGGAAUAUUUGUCACAUUGUAGCUAAAAACGUCUUGACUUUUCUCCAAGAUCUUGUAACUGGGACUUCAGCGAACAAACGCAAUGAAGGGGUGGAGGCACUGGUGCAUAAAUAUAUGUACAACUGUGUCCCUCCCCCACAUUUACCAUUUCUAAAGUAGCCCAUUACUGAGUUGCAUACUUGAACAAAUACGUUUGUGCAGCCUCGUCUGUCACACUCUCAUCCACAUAUUUGUACUUAUUUUAUUACGACAUAUUAAAGUGACGCGAGAAGGUGACGUGAAACAAAACUAGUCAAAAGUCCAAAAAUAUUCAAGUUAAAUGAUCUGAAUUGUAAGCCACGCGAAGUCUCGCGAUAGUUCCCCUCCUUAGCAACUGAGAUGUUAGCCGUGGAUACCAGAGUCGUGCUAAGUGAAGACUGAAGACUGCCACCCAUAUGCAGUCUACCUGCGGGAACCCGAUUGGUUGUCCGGGUCUGUCUCUGUGGAGCCUGAUUGUUGAGCAUGUUCCACGCUCUGAGAUGCCAAAGAUUCACACCAUCCUGGGCCGCUCGCUGGUCGACACGUACACGGAGCUACACGCUGAGGCAGUCAUGUGGCACAAGAUAUGGCAGGACAGCAAGCAGGGCGGACCACUUGGCUACAAAGAAGGGGGCCCUCUCGCCCGUCCGAGGGGCCCCCUGGCCGACCCGCCAGUGAUCAAGGAGCUGGUGAGGGCCGAGGUCAAGAUGUUGCUGGAGAAUCUCCAAGAGAAAUUCCUCAGAGAGGGAAGCUGGGAUGUCAUCCUUUGCACACUUUUUUCCACUGACAAAGACAUCCAUAAACCCUUAUAUUGGGCUCUCUUCUCACUUACAAAUGAGAUGGAAAGUGUCGAAACAAAGGAAAUGGGAGUAGGGAUGUUACAAUGUGCUCUGAGAAGGAACAAUAAGACACUUAAAUGGCACGACGAGGAGUUUUUAAGUCGUUAUAAUGCAAAGACUGUGAACUUUGCACUGGGUCGCCUUGACAUCAGCUCCAAUCCCAAAGAUGAAAUCAGACUGAGCUCUCGCUGUUCCAUCCAGUCCCAUGUGGAAGAGGAGAUAGAAGCUGUGAAGGACAAGCUGAAUAUCAUUGACAUCAACAAAGUGGUGGAGCAUAUCAAGUGUAUCCUGAUCGAAGAAUGUGCAGCAUUAAAAUCACACGUAGAGCAUAUACAGGAAAUGAUCAAAAAGCAAUGUAGGAGACAUGGUGAGGAUAAGGAACCAGAACCAACCCUUGCAGACUUGAAAGAGCUUCGAGGUGCUAUUCAAAAAGACUUUGAGCUCUAUCCAUCACCUCCCUCCAAUGUCCCAGAUAAAGCACUGAGAAAGACAUUCAGAUUUCCAUCAGAACAAAAGAGCGCUGAUAAGACCUCACAAGCUUUAACUGCUACCUCCAUCCGAAGACCACAUCCUCCCUCCGCUCCACCUAGACUUACUCACUUGAACUAUUGCGGCUCCCUCAAGCCAAUAAAUACUUUGGACGCUAUCUCGAGGACUUCUCGGCAGCACAAAAGUCAAGCUGAUGUCUGUACCAGGACGUCUCGACACAGGAAAGUUUGCCUUAAAACUCCAGCAGGGGAUCAGGUGGCGGGGGAGCCUGAGGAAGACGAGUCUGAUCUCCACUGGCGGUUUCUCACCUGCUCGGGUAGCUCGCCCUUCAUUCCCUCACAAUAUCUCCAGCCUGGGUAGGGAGGCUG